CUGAGAAGAUCUGAUCCGGCUUGCAUGAUGCGAAGCCAUGGUUUGAAAAACCGCCAUAGCGCUAAACAAGAUGGCGCAGAUUUCGUCUCCCGAAUCGCCCACUAAGUUGGCAAUAGACGAUGAGUACGAUAUCAUGCAGUAUUAUGUCGUAGACGGGGUAAGGUUACCCCCGUUUUGCAGAGGAAAGAUGGAAGAUGUGGCCACCUUCCCUGUAAGAAAAGAUGACGUGUGGAUUGUGAGUUAUCCGCGUGCAGGGGUGUGGCUACAGGACCUGAUCUAUCUGCUCCUAGAGGGGGGAGAUCUCAACACGACAGACCUGAGCCUGGAGUCCGUGGAGGAUUCCAUCCCCUUCCUGGAGGCCCCGAGCCCCGGGAUGGAGUUACUGAAGACGCUGCCCUCGCCCCGUUACAUCAAGUCCCACCUGCCAUACGGACUGCUGCCAGAGGGCGUCAGGAACAAAGAAUGCAAGGUGAUCUACAUUACCAGGAACCCCAAGGACGUAAUGUGCUCGUUCUAUGACUUCCAUCGCACUGUCCGCAUGGUGCACUACAAGGGCACUUUCCAUCAGUUCUUCUAUCGCUUCAUCAACAAUAAAUUGGGGUAUGGUUCCUACUUCAGACACGUGUUGGAGUGGUGGGAACAGCGAAAGGACAACAAUUUGCUCUUCCUAAAAUAUGAAGAUGUCCGUCAGGAUAUCAGAUCUAGUAUUGAACAGCUGGCAAAUUUCUUAGAGCGACCUUUGACCCCGGCCGCACUGAAAAGCAUCUACACCCAUUUUGAGGAGGAGGCAGCAUACAAUCGCAAAGAGGAUCGUGUUGGGUAUUGGAAGUAUUACUUCACCGUCCACAUGAACGAGAAGUUUGACAAGUUACUACCAGAUCGAUUACCCGCUAGCACAGGGCUGGACUUCCAGUACACGCUCUGAGCUGAUUGGCUGUUCAUGAAAUAACAACAGGUGUACUCAGUGAGCUGAGUACAUAUGCUGAGUGCUGAUUGGCCAACCUAGAAACUACAGGUGCUUCUUGCAUUGAGAUGUUUGUGCAGGGUUAUAAAAUGUAUACAGUUUUUAUCGGGGUUUCAUGGUUAUAUAGAGCGUGCAAGUCCCACCAGUUCACGCUCACUUUUCAUUUGAACGUCAAACACUGACUAGUCUAGUCACAGACUCCCGUGAAUUAAUCCAAUUAUCUGCGAAGUUGAGGUCAAAUGUUUUUCUUUUUUUUUUAGUCAUCAAUUCGCAAUAUGUUCAAUAUGUUGUAAAUUGUAAUGCUUUCUUUUCUUGCGCAGAACCCUUGACAGGAUAAACCUUGCCAGGACACAAAAUAAAUACCAAAAAAUAGGACGUAUUACAUGUUAGGCCAAAAAAAAAAUUAGUCGGUCUCUGG